ACUAUUUACUUUCAACCACAUGCUCGGCAGGGACUUUAUGAAGAGAAGCUUCGUCCCAUGCGUAUCGCAACGUUUUAAUUUCCUUUCACACUUUAUGAAGAUUUGAGGAUUUGAUCUGUCAUGGAUGGAGAUGUGUUGUCUUUGUCAUCUUCCUCAUCAUUAUCAUCAGCAGCAGGAACGCAGAAAGAUACUUCACCAAAGAGUGACAGCAGCCUCCCUCAGAACCAACAGAAACACAAUUCAGCUGAAGAAUUGUGGACAGAGGAUGUGAGUCCCGUGGGUGACAGGCUGUUGUCCACUGAGGAGCAGGUCACUCUGAUCACUGAGAGUAUGACUGUCACCUCCACGGACCAAGAGAAGCUGCUGCUGCUCAACAGAAACACUGAGCUCCGCAGAGUUAACAAAGAGCUGAUGAAGCUGAAUGAGGACUGGGACCAAGUGUACCGCAGUGCUACACUGAGUCUACAGCACAGAGUAGAGACUUUGGAGCUGGAGAACGCUGCCAUCAAACAGCUCAACAGCAGGCUGCUGCUCAAAGUCGAGCACCAACAGAGUGCGAAGGAGUACUAUGAGCAGACUUUAAUGCAGGAGCUGAAGAAGAAUCAGGAGUUGCAAGAGUACAUCAGACUGGUGGAGAGCAAAAUGCACUACCCAGAAAAAGAUUGUACACCUGCCAAACAGGGCGGCUUCAGCGCUGUGAUUCGCAGCCCUGUGUCAUGCCCCAUUAAUAACCCUCCAGGAGGUCCCAACCUGUCACCCACUCAUGUUUCUGGAUACAACCCAUCAUCCUCCUUUUUCCCAGCUUCUUCCAACCCAGAGGCAGGUUGGCAUGGAAAAAGCCAAAGCAGCAGUGCCCCACUGGGCGACUCCCAGCAAGAAGUGAAGGAUCUAAAAGAGCAGCUGGAGGCACUGAGAUGUCAGCAGACCCAAAUUUAUGAGGCAGAAUACGAGACAGAGCAUAAUGACCACAAACAAACACUGCAGGAAAAUCGGAGGCUGAGGAAGAAGAGGGAGGAGAUGCGCCAACAGGUGGCACUACUGCAAGAGCAGCUCAAGAUUUAUGAGGAUGAUUUCCGACGGGAGAGGUCUGACAAACAGGUGCUGCAGCGGCUGUUGCUGAAGAAGACGUCUCCAAACAAGGAUCCUGUGCUUGUCCACCGCUGCAAUAAUGAGCAACAGCCACUGGGAGGAGACAAGAGGACACAAAGUGGAGAGAAGAGAAAACAGCACCAUCCUCUCUGCCCUAAGCACCUAACCAGGGACAAAGAGUCAAACUGAGUCAGAAAAAAAGAGAAAAAAAGUACACAAAGUAAAUGAAAUUUUAAAUGUAUGAGUUACAAAUCAGUAAUUCUCCUCUGGAAAAUUCUCCUCUGGCACUAUUGCAUCAUUAAAGAGGAGCUCCAGUAAAUCUACAUCACAGGUAUCAUUGGAUUUUAAAAGCAAGUAUAGUAUUUUGCCACCAUCUGUGCUUUCAUCUGAUUACUAUUGACCAAAAUAGCAUGUGGCUGGAAAUACCCCAUGAGAAAUUCUGGAAUCAAGCAUGUUGUUUGACCUUUCAGAAGUUCUGCUUGUUACCUUUCUUAAUGAAGAAAGUUCACACAUAAAUUGUAGAUUAUAGUCUACAGCCUUUUUAUGUAUAUUACGUGACAGUAACUGUUUUGUACCUGUAUUUAAUAUGUCUAAUAUAUCUCCUGAUAUUAAAAAAACACAAAAAUAGUCAAAAUAUUAUAAUAAUAUAAUAAGUAGCGUAAUAAUAACUAGGCUAAUAAUAGUAACUGAUCCGCUUCAAUGUCUUUGUGACAGAGGAGGAUGCACGCAGUUGUAAUCUUAUUAAUGAUGAUUGUUUAAUGAUUUCUUCUCUUUUUGGUGCAUUACUUUAAGUUUGUAAAAAAAAGAAUUUCUUCUCAAAACGUCCUGGUUCAUUAAAACAGCCGACCAUAUGAUAAAAUGUGUUUGCAAUGACAUCAGAAAGUCGGACAAGGACACUGCAUUUGAGCGGGAGUCACAGAACAGCCGUCAAAGGGCAGACGAGGGACUCUGAAGUGUGCUGCUGAGUGAAUGUUUCCCGGUGUUUCCAAGUCACUGGUUCAUAAAAGAUCUGAAACUACUGAUACAGUCAUCACACAACAGUUGGCCCCUGAGUGAUCAAGAAUUUUCCCCUGUGAAUUAUUUUCUCAACAUCCUUGGGAAGUUCCCAUAAGAGAAUGUGAAUCACUCUUUUACAAUACUGCACAUUACGCACAUUGUAUUUUGUUAAACACACUGCAACAAUUAAACUAUUCAUUUGGUUUCA